UAUAAAACACGCGUUGGGCUUUGUCAAGUAAUCAGUUUUCAAGUGAAGACGAUACAAUCAUCCUAUUGUAACCAUGAAACUGUUGGUGAUCCUAGCUUGUGUAGCGCUGGCCUCAGCAGCUUCCCUUGGACAAGCUCCGCCUUCGGGAUCCAACCCACAGGACGUCCAAAUAUUGAGAUACGAAACUGACAACGAUGGACUCGGCUCCUACAAAUAUGCAUUUGAACUAAGUGAUGGUACUAAAAAGGAAGAGCAAGGCGAAUUGAAAAACGUGGGCACCGAGAACGAAGCUAUGUCUGUGAAAGGUUCGUAUAGCUGGACAGCCCCUGAUGGUGUCACCUACGUCGUGACCUACGUAGCGGAUGAAAACGGCUUCAACCCCACGAUAGAACAAGGUCCAGGUGGUGGCCAGAACCGGGGAUGAAGAAAUCUGUUGUAGAAAAAUGUAAAUACUCUUGCCAAUUAAUCUUAAUUAUUAAUAAACUUUUUGUAAAAU